AUGGAGCAUUUUCUGCAAUCAAUAUAUGAUAUUUUUCAGAACACAUUUAUGAUCAUCUUAAUCAUGGAAGUAAUCAUUGGAAAUUUAGGAAAUGGAUUCUUGGCACUGGUGAACUGCAUGAACUGGGUCAAGAGGAAAAAAAUCUCAUUCCUAAAUCAAAUCCUCACUGCUUUGGCCGCCUCCAGAAUGUGUCUGCUCUGGUUAUUGCUCACAUGUUUAUUAAUAUCCUCAUUGUAUCCAGAUUUAACAACGGCUGCAGGGAUGAUAAAAGUCUUUAGCAAUCUGUGGAUUAUAGUCAACCAUUCCAGCAUCUGGCUUUCGACAUGCCUUGGUGUCUUUUAUUUUCUCAAAAUAACCAAUUUUUCUAACUCUCUUUUUCUUUAUUUAAAGUGGAGAGUUAAAAAGACAGUUUCAGUGACACUGCUGCUAUCCCUGAUCCCCUUGUUUUUCAAUAUUUUACUGGUCAACUUGGAAACUAAUGUGUGUAUAAGUGAAUUUCAAAGAAACAUCUCCUACAGUUUCCGUUCUCAUUACUAUACACAGUGUUACAGGCGUGUGUUAAGGUUCCACACUAUUUUCCUGUUUGUCCCCUUUGGCGUGUGCAUGCUAUCUUUCCUCCUGCUCAUCUUCUCUCUGUGGGAACACUACAAGAAGAUGCAGCAGCGUGUGCAAAGGUACAGAGAUGCCAGUACUACAGCCCACAUCAAAGCCCUGCAAAUCGUGACGGCCUUUCUUUUGUUAUACACCAUUUUUAUCUUGUCUCUGUUACUACAGCUUUGGAAAUAUGAGUUAAUAAAUCAAAGUCUUUUUAUUUCAUUUUGUCAGGUUAUAUAUGUAGCUUUUCCUUCAUUCCAUUCAUGUGUCCUGAUUCUGGGAGACGUGAAACUGAGACAGGCCUGUCUUUCUCUGUGCUGUGGUGGCUGA